CCCCGCGCCCCGGAAGCGGAAGUGGCGCAGGGCGGAGCAGUUAAAGGUGACCUUUGCAGGCAUCCGAUAUCUGCAGAGAGUGUGAGCGGGCGGCGCCAUGGGGCCCGAGUUCGGCCGCCUGGCCUACGUGCGGCACAUCAUCACCUACUCGCUGUCGCCCUUCGAGCAGCGGCCCUUCGCCAAGUACUUCAGCGUCGGCCUCCCCAACCUCUGGCGCCGCUUCCGCGGCCAGGUCUUGCGCGUGGGGCCGCUGUUCAUGGCGGGCUACGCGUUGUACUUGUGGGCCAUAGAGGAGGAGCAGCGCCUGAAGAGGAAGAACCCGGCGGACUAUGUGAAUGACGAGUGAGCGCGGCCCUUGCGCGUGGGGCAGCCUCCACAAUAAAGCCUCAACCUGA